AUGUCAUCUUCUGGUGUUGGUCAACUGUGUUUCAUCAAGUCCAAAGUCAACUCAGCCGUCUACCAGGAAAUGUUAGAGCACUUCAUGCUUCCUUCUGCUGACAAGCUUUAUGGAGAUGCUGAUUUCAUUUUCCAGCAGGACUUGGCACCUGCCCACACUGCCAAAGGCCAGCAGCACCUGACAGUGCAGACGGUACAGGGCGGGACCCUCCAGCUGGGCGGGGUGACCUCCCAGGGCCACCAGGUGCAGAUGGAGCAGACUCUGGGUCUGGAGCUGCAGGGCCAGCCUGGGGAGAAGAAGCGCCGCAUGGCCUGCACCUGCCCCAACUGUAAGGACUCAGAGAAGAGGCCCGGCGAGGUGGGGAAGAGGAAGCACAUCUGUCACAUCCCGGGCUGCGAGAAGACGUUCCGGAAAACGUCCCUCCUCCGGGCCCACGUGCGCCUGCACACCGGCGAGCGGCCCUUCGUCUGCAACUGGGUCUUCUGUGGCAAACGCUUCACGCGCAGUGACGAGCUGCAGCGGCACGCCAGGACACAUACAGGAGACAAGCGCUUCGAGUGCAACCAGUGUCAGAAACGGUUCAUGAGGAGCGACCACCUCACGAAGCAUUACAAAACACACAUGAACACCAAGAACUUGUGAGUUGUGCUGUAUACCGACUGUAUACAUAGACAUGUCCUGAUGAACUAAACCCCAUAGAGGGCCGCAGGAGAGGAUACCAAGAAGGUAGUCCCAUGAUGGGUGAACCCAAAGCCCUGUUUUCUUCACUCCCCCUCAGAGGCUUCGUAGCCUGGUGUACAUACCAAUCCUCCCCCCACGGACUCAACUGUUCCAGUCAAUUUAUUAUUGAUAACAAUAUAUAUAAUUACGGACGGCAGGCUUACCUACGUAGGCAGAAUGCGUAGAACAGCGAUAGGCGGUCCCCCAGAGAGACAGACUAGCGUGGAUGCUGUGUUCUGAUGACCUCAAGCUCUGAGUACCAAACACAAAUCCAGUCAUGCUGAAUAAGGAAUGAGAGCAAAACGGGUAGAUUUAGUCUACCAAAGUACCUGAGCCCAAAGGAGAUUCCAGCCACUCUUGCCCCUCCUUGUUUUUCCAUGUUUUAUUCUUUUCAAUAUUAAUAACAAAUAUUGUUGUUGAAGCUCCAGAAUAAGGUUUUUCCAAAGUUGAUCCUCAAGCCCCAUGAGUAUCCAAGGUUAUUUUUUCAGUCAAACAAAUCCUAUUCUGUAAAUUGCACUACACGCAUAUCCUUUUACAUGGUUUGAACAGUAUUUAUAAUUAUAUUCUUGUUCAAUAUCAUUGAUCUUUCAACAAAUACAUUAUUUGGUUGGAAUGAACCUGCAUACCUAUGAGGCCUUGGUGACCACUUUGAAACCUUAAACAGUUCCAGACUCAGAAAACCGAAGUUGGCAAAAGAUUUUGUGUAUAAAGUGUAUAUGCGGACAAACAUACAUCCACACAUACAUGGGCAAAUAUAGAUAUUUAUGAUGUUCAGACGUAAUACCCUUUUUCGGUAAUACCCUUUGUAAAUCAAAGAUGAAAAUGUAAUUUAGGUUUUGGCAUUUCUUGUUUUUGUGAAGUUACAAAUUAUUUUGAAUACAGACUCCCUCCUAAUGAGUUUAAAUGUAGUACAUUGCUAUGUGUAUAUCAUUAUGAUAUUAACUAAAUAUGUUCCAAAUAUUGGUCUGGCGUGACAAUCAUGUCAUAAGAUGCAGCAAAAAAUCUACAUCGAAUGUUUUCUCGGGCCUGUCACCAGUUAUUAGAUUACAUUAGAAGUCAUAACUUGUUAAUUAUGAUCUACAUUAAGAUCCGUUUGAGGCAGAUAUGUUUGAUUUAAAAAAUUGACAAGCUAUCUAAUAUUAUUUAUCUGAAGUUUCUGGUGUUUCAAUUCCUUUAACACUCAAGGAAGAACACCAGCGCUAAACCUUUACUCAUAGUAUUACAGUAUGUUCUGGUCAAUGAAUACAUAUUGACUGUUUAUGUAGCUAACAGCAUACAUUUUAAUAUUUUUCUUUAAAAUAGAAAGAUUUAUUAAAUGUCCCCCAACAACAAAUGAUCCUCAUCUAUUCUAAAAUGAGAUCAACAUUUAAUUGAAUAGCCAACAGGAAAAUUGCAUCUGGCAUGUUGGGAGGCCUAAACUGGGCCUUGGGAAGGAAAUAAUUCCUGCUCAUAUUUAUGUUUGUAUUGUAUGUCCUGAAUGUGUGUAUAUACAAUGUGUCUGGAUAAAAAGUUACAUUGCCUUGUAUUUUGGCCGGCCUGGCCAGAGCUGAAGGAAGUGGACUCUGUACAGUGUGAAAGGAAAAUGUGUAAUGUGACAUUGUAUAGCUUCAUUCCUGCUUUAUACACCAAUACUUCUAGAUUAUCCCUUUUCUAUUGAAUUUAAAGUUGCCUUAGACAGCUGCACCCAGUAUUUAAGAGAUUUCUGUCUAAUUUCCAGGGAACGGCAUUUGUAGAAUUCCUUUUAUUUUUGUCUAACUUAUGUUCCAUAAUGCCAAUGUGUAUGUGCACUGACUUGAGCCCAGGUUGAAAAUGUGUGAUUUUUAAGUAAUGAUCAGCGGACAAGUUAUUUUACCUAAACUGAAAAGGUCCUAAUGUUGGUCUCAGUGAACCAGGUGCUUUCCCCGUCUCAACCUGAUCUAUUACAGUAAUCGAUACAGACCCUGUGUGUGUCUGAAAUGGCACCCUAUAUUGUGCACUACUUUUAACCACAGCUCUAUGGUCUCUGGUCAAAAUUAGUGCACUAUAUAGGGAAUAGGGUGCCAUUUCAGACUCUUUGUUUAACAGGAGUCCUCAGAGAUCCAGCUAUCUAUCGCCCAUCUUUUAUAACUUGUAUUAAGGCGCUUACUACAGGUGCUUGCUCCUUUUUUACAGUCACCCACCCCCUCAAUAAAGCAUUCAAACUGUA